AACAAUCAUUGACCUAUACUAAGCUUAUUAAGGUUAUAUCGACAGGGAGUCAACAUGGAAGAAUUUAACAAGAAAACUAAACAUGAUUUUGAUUUAGAAGUCGUCCUCGAUGCUUUAAAGAAAUGUCGCCUCAAUGAUGAUACUGUUGUACUAUCAGAAUAUAUCCGAGCUUACCGAGAACUUUGCAGGUUUUUCAAACUGACGGGUCGGCUGUUUGGCUUUGUUGCACGAGAUCUUGAAGGUAAAAUUGCCAUUGUGGAAAAACACAGGAACCUGGAUAAAGACAAUAAUUACGUAUCUGUUCAGUCCAUUCUUAAAUAUGAAUCGAGUAAAGGUAUUGCCAAGGUCAAAUCUCCAUUGUCAUCUGGUUCAAGGACGUUGCUACGUCUACACAACGCAUUCGAAUUUAUUAUAGCAUUUAUGAAGAGAGUGCGAGAAGGGCCAGAAAAUGAGAAAACAUCAAAAAUAGCGGCUGAAGUUUACAACCAGACUCUAAGCAACCAUCAUCCUUGGCCAGUACAAAAAAUGGCGCUAUUAGCAGUCCACUUGCUUCCGCCUAAAAAACAACUGAUUGACGUCAUGUGUAAACAGGAAUACAGUCGCGUGAUGGAACUUCUGGAUGACGUCAUUUCCUAUGGCCAACCUAUAUAUGAUAUAACAGAAAGUGUGUAUAAAGAGCAUGGUUUAUUAGUUAUUCCAUAGUCCCCAGGUAUAUUAGUGUUAUUAAAUAACUUCUACUGUGAUAUUGGCAAUUACUUAACUUAUGAAGACAAAAGGGGGACAAUUAAUGCCCCGGGUGAACAACAUCACGAACACGUGUCGUUAUCAGAACGAAUUGCAUUCCUAUUCUUUAUUUAAAUUGAGUUGUGACAAAAAGUCGAAUUCUGUCUAGACUGAGUAUUGUUCUGCUACUGUUCUCCGUUGCUUUGAUACAAUGUUGGUUUUGUUUUUGGUUGAAAACGAGGUUAUUUAUAAUAGCAAUAUAACUCACACAAUACAUCACAAGGUAAAUCACACUAUUAGCUACUAAUCUCACAACAUCCCUCUCACGAGGUGAUGGGUGUUCCGGAAACAGUAAGCAUGCUACAUUUAAAAUGAUUCAUACUUCAUAUUCUAAGUUCGUAAAUGUGGUUUUAAAAUAUUGAAGUGGAAAUAGGUUUAUACCGGUUAAAAUAAUAUUUCGUUAUUAAUCAGUCUUAAAUGAUAUCAGUUGUUAAGAAUGCAUAUUUAUAACGCAACGCAAUUAGUCAAAACGACGGGAUGCAAUGCUCAGUUGCAAUAGCCUUCUAUAGGGCAAUUCACAACGUCUGUCGUCUCUGACGUCACUCACAAAAAAAAUCAAAACGAGAGUGCAGAUAUGUCAAUUCGGUUUUGUUUUUUUGUUGGUUUUUUUUUUUUUUUUUUUUUUUAUGGGGGUUAUAAAAAUAUUCAGAGUGACUUUUAAAAUUUCGCAGGGCCAUAAAUAUUCUAAUGUUAACGUUAUUUUUCAUAUUAAAACAACUUUUUGUGGUAUUAUUCUCCAUUAAUUUUCGUCAAAAUGAUAGAUGUUUUAUGAUAAAGUAAGCUGUAAAUAGGCAUAAUAUAUCAUGUUUUAAAAUAUGCAAAAGGAGAGCAUGAUUGAUUUAUAGGCUACGAAUUGAUAAUUUUGUUGUGUUAUGGUGAACAGUUAUGUUGAACUGGUUUACCGACAAGUCUAACCGCGUAAUUAAGUGAAGGAAAACAUGCAUGCGCUUUAAUAGAGACAGUGCUGUACAAAUACAAACAUAGUACAAUUUGCACACACAGGCACAGCCAUGUUGGAUAUAAAACCAAGAGGAACGAGUUACCAAAAAUAUGGAACAUCCGAUGAAAGUUUUAUGUAUCGAAUGAAACAAAAACGCACACAAAAUUUCACGAUAUGUUACAGACAAUUCAAACAUUGUGUUCAAUUGUGAUUGAUGCUCGUUUUGUGUAAAGCAUAUUGUCAUAACUUAAAUACCUUCCCCCUUUCAUUUGAAAAAUAAAAAAAAUAUCAGCGAUA